AGUUCAGUGGAGUCUACAGGGGAGCUGAGCGCAAGUAUGUUGAAGACUCCAGUAGGACUACGUCUGAACUUCUGCUUGGAUGCAGGCACGCUUGCGGAUAACAAACAUUCCGCUGAGAUUUCUUUCUUUUGAGGAUCUUACUUGAGAGAACUUUCACGCCGUGGAAACUCAUCAAAGGACAUCGGACUUUUAAUGUUGCAGCGGCUUUGAGGAAGCCUCGGAAUAGUUGAGAAUUCCGUUUAAUACUGUUAAAUGCGGAGAUACUGGACAAGUGAGGCGCCUAACUGAAGUCAUCACUUUAAAGAUUGCUGUUCAUGCAAUGCAAACUGCAUAUCUGCACAGCCCCACAGGAGGAGCCUAUCUUCCAACAUCUCAGGACAACAGCAUUCAACCUUUACCAGCGGUUUACCUUCCAAAUGAAAUACAAAUCAGCAUGGUUGCUGCUCAGCCUCCUAGGGAGCUCGGAGUGCCUUAUGAUCCAGCUCAUACUGAGCAAGGUUAUGCACAAUCACAGAAUUUUCAGGACAGCAGGAAUUUUGGAAUAUCUGUUAAUGCAAACUGCAUAAGACAAAUUGCUGACAGUAGUGGACAACAAAGGGACUCUUUGAAGCUCUAUUUUAGUGAACAUUUGCAGAACAGUUUAGAAUUGGGCAAUGAUACUGGACUGAGUGGUCAGUUGUCCACAGACAAAAUGUUGGCAGCUGGAGUAUCCGAAUCAUAUACAGAUCCUGAACUAUGUGAUUACGUUAAAGAGAGGCUUGCAUAUCUUAGGAUGAACAUAAAUCAUGGACCUCGUCUGUCCAGUAAGGGGUGCCCUAAUGACAAUGACUCACCACUCCAGUCCCACUGUAACACUUCAAAGUCCAAUAGUGUGGACUGUCACCCCACAUCCUCUACGUGUGACAAAGAAGAUGUAGAGAGGCAAAGUCUUAGCUGUGCUGUGGUUGAGCACUGUACUGCUGCAGCUACAAAAGCACUUGAAGAGUACAGCUCCAAGACCAGCGACACGAAUGCCGAGUUAACCCCCAAGUCUAAAGAGAAAAGUGAAACAUCUGCAUCAGAGAGAAUUUUAACAGAAUAUCCACAAAUCAUUAAUGAAGCUGCUGUCACCUGCACAAAGAUUGAAGAAGAAAGUCCAGUGGUUCUCACUGCAAUGUCUGGAGUGACCUGUGAUGAACUGACUAAUAAGUACCCAGGUUUGACACUCGGCUGCAGUUCCUCACAAGAAGAGUCCAACUCUAUUUUGGUAAAUGCUGACAAGGAUGACAGAGUGUCUGCUGUUUCCUCGCCUCUCACACACAUGACACACAAGGACAGAGGAGAUAAAGGCCUCAAACCAGUGGAGGUGGAUGAUGUGGAAAGCAUGAUAAAGGACUCUAAAGAGUCAUGGACUCCAAGAAUUAUUGAAGAUCAAGAUGCAAAUAUACACAGACAGAAGACCACUGGAAAUCAACAAAACUGCCCUGUUAGCUCUAAGAAAACAACUGCACAUUCAAAUUCAUCUGUUGACAGAAUUCUAAUUAAUGACGCAGUCUCUACAAACCAAAACAAACAACCAGUGUACGGCCAAACAAGUUGUAAAAAUAUAAGAAAGGAUGUGUCUUGUUUGUGCUCUCAGGUGGAUUUAAGCAACAAAUAUGCAGAAUGUACCCCUCUGUCUGGAAGAGUGGAUAAAGACACCCCCUCUGUGACCGUUUUAAAAGAGCCACAAUAUGAAGAUAUCUCAGAUGCUGAAGACAUGUCAGAGCUGGACACGAAACUUCCAGAGCAUGAGGAAUUCCGUUUUCCAUUACAUUUAGAGCACCCAGAGUAUGAAGAUAUAAGUGAAGAUGAGAAUCCACCAAUUCAAAAUAUGGAUGUGGAGAUGCCGUCUUUUCCACCUGAUGUAUCUGAACCCAAUGUUAAGCCGUAUGGACAUGUGCAGAUUCAGAUAAAGUCAAUUUUAUAUGAGGAACUGAUUCCAAUGAAGCAGUUGACACCAAAGACAGAAACACUUUGUAUAGCACAACAUUGCUCUUGUCCACAUUUUGGUGAAACAGAUGAUGACACUGAAUAUGCGUCAGGUGCUACAUGUGACUGUGCAAGACAUGCUGAAUGCCAGACAAACCGCUCAUGCAGUCCUUCCUCUGAUUUGAAAGAUGAAUACGAGUCUGAUGAUGAGAUGAAUGAUGACUGGUACAUCAUACCUUUAAUCAUAUCGGAACUUAAACUUGAAUUACCAGAAGAUGAGCCUGAUCAAGUCGACGUUCUGUCGGAUGUUGGUGAAUAUAUGAACAACGUAACACUUUGUGAACUCCACCAGCCACCUCCAGUCCAGGUCCCAGCUUCUGCUUUUUCCCAGAUUGAGGUCUUUGACACACGUGAGAGCUUUCAACAGGCAAAAGCUGUCCAAUUUGGGAAAUUUCCUCAAAAAUUAUCAGAAGAGAGUUUACCAGAGAGAGACCCAAAGUCACAUCACAGCAGAAGGGAUUCCUAUUCUGAGUCUGAAGACAGCUGUGAAACUGAUGACAGUUGUAAUUACUCACCUGUGGAAGAACGCAACCAUUUAACAGUGUCCAUGAAGCUGUUGAACAGCCUGCCAGCAUCUUCUUCUUCAGAGGCAAAUGACUCAGAAUCUGAAAAAGAUCAUGCAGAUGAUGAGGCGAGAAAUUUGCAAAACAAUCCAAGCAGGAGCAGACAAAAUACUUGUAAAAUGGAAGACAUAAUAAUCCUCAAUUCUGACACAGAGGAUGAAUGUGAUCAAGUAUGCACAAAUAACGCAAGAAGACAGAAAGGAUUCUUUUUACAGAAUGAAGUCAGUGCUGCUGCCCCUUGUAGUCCACAAAAGAGAUUUUCCUCUGAAACUGUGGCUAGUGUAUGUGAAAGUGUUAAAGAAAACUUGUUCAAAAAAGAACUUCUGCCUGCACACUCAAUAAAAAUGACCGCAAACUCUGGGCAGGUAUGUAAAAACAUAGCCAUAUCUGAGCAUGUUCAACAUGAUGUCACGCAGCAAAAUGUUUCAGAUGAUGAAAGUGUAAUAGUCAUUGAUUCUGACGAAGAGGAUGACAGUAGUCAAAACUACAAGGCGAAGAGGGAAUUUUCUUCAGAGUGGGCAGGCGCUGGUAAUGAUCCAUUUGUUCAGCAACAGGGGACUCCUGUGCACACUGAAUAUGAAACUGCCAAAGGAAAGCUUGAAGAAUGCCGACAGUCUGCAGACUCAUCAAAGGCGCAGCGUGACUCUAAACACAGAGAUACACAUUCACAAGAAGAGAUGCAGGACACAUGCUCUGACCUGUCACACAGUAUAAAGAGGGGACAGUUGCCUGAAGCUAAAACUGGCUCUGUGUGUGUUCAGCAAAAGACUAUCACACAAAUGACAUCAAAGCGUUUCCAUGAGUCUGACCAUGUGGUGACAGCAGACAAAAUUGUCAAAAAGAAGGCAAAAACGAAGAGGCGAACGCUGUCAUCAGAACCAGGGGACAGUGAUUCUGCCUUUAUUAAUGUACAGAAAAGUCCUCAUGUCAGCAACAAGUCUCAAAAAAGUCAGUCAUCCAAGGAUUCAUCUGAAAUGCAGCCCCAGUCAGGGACAGACAGGGAGGUAGACACCACUGUGGGUUGCAAUCCUGUGAUUCGCCGUCUUUUGAUUCAGAAUUUCCCACAAGACAACAGUCCCCUGAAACUUUCUAAACAAUCUAUAGCCUACAGGCAGGACAAAGACACAACUCCAAAAAAACACACAUCAACCAGCAAAAAUGUAGACUCCUGUAAAACAAAGACACAGCUUUUGCAUGGAGAUAUACAAGGAGAAUUUGUAUCCAACCCAAAGCCUGCUGAUGAGAGACACCAUGUAACACCACUGUCUAAAUCUAAGGAGAGCUCUUCUCCUCCCACAAAAAUGUUGCCUUUAUUCAAACUACAGCAGCCAGACUCCUUCAGUAUCCCGUCAACAUCCAUUCAUUCCUACACUCCAACAAAGGGCCCGUCAGCAAUGACACAAGUGACCAAUAAGUGGCGGGAGAGCUAUUACUCGACCAGAAAAGACAAAAAAAAUAGUGUGGUGAUGGAGGAGGGCUUAAGACCUAAGAACAAUCAUGAUUUUCUGAAGGAAGCUAAACCUAGACGUCGUCGCUGUGACAAGGCACCCAGACGGAGGAAUAGCUCCCAGGAAUCUGCAACCCCCUUGAUGAAAAGGACCAUGGUUGAAGCCAGAGAGUUGACAAAGGCCAGGAAUCGGGAUGCUUCAUGUGACCAACCAGGACACCGUGUGGGUGAAGGUUACAAAUGGAGGAAGUGAUCAAGAGACAUACAAACUAAAGGCUCCUACAGGCAGGGGAAGAAGUAUAGAUGCUUCCCAAAGUCCCAUCACUGGAAAAAUGUUGAUAACUCCAAGAAACCGCAGUUACAGUUGUCAUAAUUUGAUUUGAUUUUCUGAAGCAUUUUUGUGUAGCACGACAGACAAUACUUAGAAAAGUUGCCUGUAUUCUAAUAUUUUGCAUUCAGUAUUUUUACUGUUGUGUGUAAAUAUGUUCAUGUUGUAUUAUUACAUCAACUGUGACAUUGUAUGUGUUUGGUCUUUUAAUGUUGACUGUAAAAACAUGUUUUACCAGCUACCUCAAAUAUAAAACUUCAGCUUUAAGUUAA